CGAGGCCGGCGGACGCGGCUCGUCGCCCCGGCAACCCGGGAGGCCAACACCGGACUCAGGUGGCGGCGGCGGCGAAAGCGGCGGCGAUGGUGUCCAACCCUGUGCAUGGCCUGCCCUUUCUCCCGGGCACGUCCUUUAAGGACGCCACGAAAGCAGCAUUUCAUAGAAGCCAGACACUGGGCUACAGGAACGGCUAUGCAGUUGUUCGACAUCCAACAGUUGGUAUAGGCGGGGAGCGGCUCCAGGUCAACCAGCUGUCCCAGGCUGAGCUGGAUGAGUUGGCCAACAAGGCACCAGUUUUAACUUAUGGCCAACCUAAGCAGGCCCCACCUGCAGAAUUUAUUCCUGCACAUGUGGCUUUUGACAAAAAGGUGCUGAAAUUUGAUGCCUAUUUCCAAGAAGAUGUUCCUAUGUCAACUGAGGAACAUUAUCGGAUUCGUCAAGUGAACAUUUACUACUACCUGGAAGAUGACAGCAUGUCUGUCGUGGAGCCUGUUGUGGAAAACUCUGGGAUCCUUCAAGGCAAGUUAAUCAAACGCCAGCGGCUAACCAAGAAUGACCAGGGAGACCAUUACCAUUGGAAAGACCUAAAUCGAGGAAUAAACAUUACAAUUUAUGGCAAAACCUUCCGCAUUGUUGACUGCGACCGAUUCACGCAGGUAUUUUUGGAAAGUCAGGGAAUUGAAUUAAAUCCACCAGAGAAGAUGGCUCUUGAUCCUUACACUGAACUCCGGAAACAGCCUCUUCGUAAGUAUGUCACCCCAUCAGACUUUGACCAACUGAAGCAGUUUCUCACCUUCGACAAACAAGUUCUUCGAUUCUAUGCAAUCUGGGAUGAUACGGACAGCAUGUUUGGUGAAUGUCGGACCUACAUCAUUCAUUACUAUCUUAUGGAUGAUACAGUGGAAAUUCGAGAAGUCCAUGAGCGGAACGAUGGGCGAGAUCCUUUCCCACUCCUGAUGAACCGCCAGCGCAUGCCAAAGGUUUUGGUGGAGAAUGCAAAGAACUUCCCUCAGUGUGUGCUGGAGAUCUCUGAUCAAGAGGUGUUGGAAUGGUAUACUGCCAAAGACUUCAUUGUGGGGAAACCACUCACUAUCCUCGGGAGAACCUUCUUCAUCUAUGAUUGCGAUUCUUUCACUCGACAGUAUUACAAAGAAAAGUUUGGAAUCUCUGAUUUACCACGUAUUGAUGUAAGCAAGAAGGAGCCACCUCCUGUGAAACCGGAAUUACCUCCUUAUAACGGUUAUGGACUUGUUGAAGACUCUGCUCAGAAUUGCUUUGUUCUCAUUCCAAAGGCUCCGAAAAAAGAUGUUAUUAAAAUGCUGGUGAACGAUAACAAGGUGCUUCGUUAUUUGGCUGCACUGGAAUCUCCCAUCCCGGAAGACAAAGACCGCCGAUUUGUCUUCUCUUAUUUUCUUGCCAGUGACAUGAUCAGUAUCUUUGAGCCACCUGUCCGCAAUUCUGGCAUCAUUGGGGGCAAGUACCUUGGCAGAACUAAAGUUGCUAAACCGUCCUCAACAGCGGAAAACCCCAUCUACUACGGCCCGACUGACUUCUUCAUUGGUGCUGUGAUUGAGGUGUUUGGCCACCGGUUUGUCAUCCUUGACACAGACAACUAUGUUUUGAAGUAUAUGGAGAGCAAUGCUGCCCAGUAUUCACGAGAAGCACUCUUGUCCAUUCAGAACCGUGUUCAAAAGCAAGAAGGUCCUGCGCCAGAAUUGGAAAAAGAAAAGAAGCAAGAAAUCGAGAAUGUUGUUACUCAGCUUCCUGACUACCCGAAGCUCUCUGAGCAAGGGACUGCCUGUCCUGGGAGUGGGUCUACCUUCACUGGGACCAAGGGGAGACCUUGGAUCAUGGAUCAAGAGCUAAGCAAGCAAACUAAAGAGGAUCCAGGUGUGCAAGAACUGGAGGCAUUAAUAGACACAAUCCAGAAGCAACUGCAAGAUCAUCCGUGCAAAGAUAACAUUUGCGAAGCCUUUCAAAUUUAUGACAAGGAAGCUUCAGGAUAUAUUGACAAAGAGAUGUUCUUUAAAAUCUGUGACUCUCUCAACCUGCCAAUUGAUGAUUCCUUGAUUAAGGAGUUGAUCAGGCUGUGCCCUCACAGAGAAGACAAGAUUAACUACUAUCACUUUGUGCGUGCUUUCUCCAAAUGACCUGGCUGAGGAGAGAAUGCAGUACGACGUUUUGAGGGGACCCAGGUCAAACUGAGUCCAUUAAAGCAUCUUCCUCACUUAGUUUGUGGACCUACUGCACUCCGACAGUCCCUUUCAGGAACUCCACACUCUAGUAACUUCUCCACAACCCUGCAAGAGGGAAGUUCAUGAAACUGGAUCCUCAAGUCUUUCACAGGUCUGUGCCACCUGCUACAGAUGGAGGUACCUGCCGGCUUUGGUCCAAAGUCAAAAGGGAGACAUUAGGAAAACGUCCUCUCACCCACCUUCUGAGGUCCAAGUGCUCCUCACCCUUCUACCCUUGUUCUGACUGUUCUCUUCUGUGCCUGCCCCGCUGUGAAGGUCAAGUGCCUCACGGAGAGCUAUGCUGAGUACGGCAGGCCGCGCUCGCCUAUAGGACGUCAGCCUCACUUCCCAAGCUUGCCCAAGACAGGAAGCUCUGUCACCACGUGCAGACGACCAGAGCCAGCAGGUCACUUCUGGGGGCCCCACGCUCCCUGCUCAGCCCCGCUAGUUUAUACAAGCCCCGCCGAGGGUAGAGCCCCACGCACAGAUCGUUCUCCUGAAUUCCGAAUGGCGCCGCAGCCACCUGAUGUCGCUUGGGCUGCACUCAGCCCCGGCAUGCAGUGGGGUCCUGGCCGAGGGGACGUUAGCGUGGGACGUUAGCCUGCAGCCAGCAGCACUGCAGGGAGGGGAAAGGACCUCUGCUGAGGGGGCCGCCAGGGAGGGGAGACAGGUUGCCUCCUGCCUGGCGUCUGCCCCAUAGGCGGCCGAGAACGGCGGCUCUCCACUCUGAGCAAUGGGGACAGGACGGCUUGGGACAGCUAUGGGCUCGGGGCAGCAAAAUCGGCCCCGCGGGGAAGACGGGCUCGGGGGCAGCCGCUGCUCAGGCCCGGGGCUUGCACCCUGUCUGUAACCACCCUCGGGGCCUUGAAAAUACCAGCUAAGUAGGGCGGGUCAAACCCCUGUCUCUAGGCCUUGAGGGCAUUUGGGACCAAGAGGGGGAGAAGACCUCUCAAUGCUUUCAGAAAAUCAGGGGUCACUUGGGUGAGGGACUCCUUAAGAUCCUGCUGGUACCAAAUAGCCUGAGUGUAUGUGUUCAUUAAAAACCAGCCAACAGUGCUUUACUUGUACCAUGCACUCAGCAUUCACCUUCCCUAAAUCUCACCAGCACCACUUCCUGUGAAAACAAGCAGCAAGCACACAACCCUCAAAACUGUAGAACACAGAUGAACAAACAAACGGGCUCAGAAAGGUUAACUGGCCAAGGUCACCUAGCGUCUUCCGGCAGAGCCGGACCAAAACCCACGUCUGCAGCAGAGCUUGCCCUCCAUGGGUGUCCCUCAGCUUCACCUCAGGUGAGUGCUUCCUGUGCCAUCCUCACGCCCCGUGGGGGUCCAUGGCUACCUGCCCCCCGUAACUGCACUCCUCUCCUGUGCUCUCUGAAGACCGUUCUGGAAAACACAGACCGCUGCAGGCAAGGGCAGUCCAUAGAACAGACCACAGCAAUCCUCACGGCCCACCACCAUGACGAAUACUGUUCAGCACCAACAGCAGGAUUUUACACGCACACCUUAGCCCGUGACUGCAUCACGCAGCAAGCUCGAGGUGCUUCCCCGUGGAGCUUGGCGGCAGACCCCGUGUCAAGAAAAAGCCUUUCUGCUUUUCUACUUUACUUUAUAGUUACAGACUCAAAAAUGCCUAGAAUGACCCAGCACUCAAGAUAACUUUCUCCAUCCUUCAUUCCAAUUCCCUCCUUUCUGGGACCAAAACGAACAAAUACCGCUCAAAACAGACAUACAAGAAAGGACCAUUAGAGUGAAAAAUGGUAUCAGUGAGAUUAAAAUGGACACAAAAUUACUUUUCAAGUGAAAACAAAUGUAAGCAUCCAGAUUAAAAAGGAAGAUAAAGUGACCAGAGACAGCGAGACUGAUAAUU